AUGUCCAAUAACGACAGCGGAAUUUCUCUGAGUGAAAAUCAGACUCCAGACCCAAGCUUGCGUCCAAUCCAACCAAACAGCGUCCCAUCGACUCAUGCGCUGGAGCUGGAUCAAGACUUAGGCUUCUCUUACAACGUCACUCCGCCACACUCCUUUCAAACGACACCCAGAUCGAGAAUCGGCACCUCUCCUUUGCGCUUCAUGAGCUCUUCUGCUAGACUCAGGGGCAGUGCGAGCCCCGUGACCACGCCUCGACGCUCACGCGUGUCAUCCCCAGCAGAAUCCCCUUCCGGCAAGACCUCGUCGCACCGUAUAGACAAUCAUCCCACCCCAAGCUUCUGGGCCUUGUUCUGUUGCGUAGGAAAGGAGGUCAAGUGA